AUGGUAACUGCAACAGAUAAAGAUGAAGGUACAAAUGGUGAUGUUGUGAGAUACACAAUAAUAGAUGGAGACGGUACUUUUCAAAUUAAUGAAACCACCGGAAAAAUAUCGGUGAAUCAAUCUUUGGAUUAUGAAAAUGGGGAUGAAGAAUUUAUUUAUUUAAUAAGUGCGGAAGAUGCCCUGCCACGUACAGGUACAACUACUGUCACUAUCUCAGUGCAGAAUAUAAAUGAUGCACCUCCAGUUUUUGUUACACCAGAAUACAACUACACUGUAUAUGAGAAUUCACGUCCUGGCAUCUCAGUAGGUUAUAUUGAAGCCUUGGACCCUGAUGGCGAUAACUUAUCGUACUCUCUGAAUGAUACAGUCAAUAAUGCCUUCAGCAUGGACUCAAACACAGGCUUGAUCACUGUGUCUGGUACUGGUAUCCUAGACAGGGAAGAGCUGGAUAGGCAUACUUUGGUUGUCUUAGCAACUGAUGGUGUAUACAUUGCAACAUCUACUGUAACUGUGGCAAUCUUAGACGAGAAUGAUAAUUCUCCAAAGUUUGAAAAGUCUGUGUAUUAUGGAAAUGUGACAGAGAAUACAUUUAGCAAUGCUACUAUAUUACAGGUGCUUGCUGAUGACUUGGACAUUGGUGCCAAUGCUGAUAUAAUUUACAGUAUCCUGGCAACAAGUAGUCAUGGUGAUGAUAGAUUUUCUAUUGAUGGUGACAGUGGGGAUAUCUCAGUACAGAGCAAUGCUGAUUUAGACUAUGAAUUAGUCAGUAGUUAUGUCAUUACAGUACAGGCUGUAGAUAAUCCAACUAUGGACACUCAACAAAGAUCAUCUGUUGUGACUGUGUACAUUGAUAUUAUUGACAUCAAUGAUGUCAUGCCAGAAUUUGCUGACUCAUCAUAUGUAGCUUAUGUUAAUGAAGCUGUUGCCAUGGAUACAUCAGUCAUUCAAAUACAGGCAACUGAUGCUGAUCUCAGUCCAAAUGAUGAUGUGAUGUAUUAUAUAAGCAGUGGUAACCAUGGAAACCAUUUUGAUAUUGACAAUUCCACUGGUGGUCUUAGUGUAAUUUCAGCUAUUGAUGUUGAAACUGAGCAAUCACAGUUUAUAAUAGAAAUCACAGUCUAUAAUACAGAGCCAUAUGUUGGUAACCAAUUGAAUAAUACAGUCAAUGUUACAGUCAAUAUACAGGACAUCAACAACAAUGGUCCAUUGUUUGAGAAUACAACCUACGCUAUUAGCAUACCAGAAGACACCGAGUUAAGGAGUCCUAUAUUAAGAUUGACAGCUACAGAUGUGGACACAAUAACAUCAUAUUUUAUAUAUUGGAUUAGUAAUGGUAAUAAUGAUGGUAUAUUUGAUAUAAAUGAAGAUGGAGAUAUCAUAGUGAUUGGUGAUAUUGAUAGAGAUCCACCAAAUAAUAAUGUAUUCUUUAACCUUACGGUGACUGUGUCUGAUGGUGAUAGUAAUACUGAUAAUGAUACAACCAGUGUUAUAAUUGCCAUAUCUGACGUAAACGACAAUAGUCCAGUCUUCUCACAAGAGACAUAUAGGUUCACUGCUGAUGAAGGUGUUGCUGUUGCCACUUCUGUUGGCAUGGUAACUGCAACUGAUAAAGAUGAAGGUACAAAUGGUGAAGUUGUGAGCUAUGCAAUAAUGGAUGGAGACGGAACUUUUGGAAUUGAUGAAACCAGUGGAGAAAUAUCAGUGAAUCGAUCCUUGGACUUUGAAAAUGGAGACAAAGAAUUCAGAUUUACUGUGGUUGCUCAUGAUGGAGGUUUGCCUCAGCAAAAUGGGUCAGUUUCCAUAGUAAUUUCUAUAAAUAACACCAAUGAUGAAGAACCAGCUUUUAGUGUCAGUACCUAUAACUUCACUGCAUAUGAGAAUUCCAGACAAGGUACUCCAGUUGGAAAAGUCGAAGCCACGGAUCCUGAUCAUGAUAUUUUGUCUUAUUUCAUCAUUACUUCUGCCUCACUAUUUACUGUUGAUGAGAAUUCCGGCCAAAUCAUAGUACUAGUAUCUGGUAGCUUGGAUAGAGAAGUCCAAGACAGCUAUAAUGUAGUUGUCAUAGCAACUGAUGGAGUGUAUUCUACAUCAACUAAUAUAACCAUAGCAAUCUUAGAUGAGAAUGAUAAUUCACCAAUAUUUAUGAAAUCUGGAUAUUAUGGAAAUGUGACAGAAGAUGUGGACAUCGGAUCGGAAAUAUUGCAGGUUUCAGCACAAGAUGAAGAUGUUGGUGACAAUGCCAAUGUUGAGUAUAGUAUCCUAGCAACCAGUAGUAAUGGUGAUGGCAUCUUUGGUAUCCAUAACAGCAGUGGUAGUCUGUUCAUCUUGGAUAAUAUUAAUGUGGACUAUGAAACCACUAAAAGUUAUGUCAUUGUUGUUCAAGCAACUGACCAACCAGUUGAUUCUUUUAGUAGGUCUUCUGUUGUGACUGUAUACAUUGAUAUAAUGGAUAUCAAUGAUGUCACACCACAGUUUUCUGAGUCGUCUUACGUAGCUUAUGUUAAUGAAGCCGUUGCCAUGGAUACAUCAGUUAUUCAGAUACAGGCUUCAGAUGUUGACACUGUAGGAACACUUGUCUAUAGUGUUGAAGGUAGUGAUUCUUUCAAAGUUGACAAUACCAGUGGUAUUGUAAAAACAGUUGAUUUACUUGACAGAGAAAUGCAAGACAUGUAUGAAGUGCAGCUCAGCGUUAAUGAUGGAAUUCAUUCUACAAGUGUUAAUGUGACAAUCUAUGUUGAAGACAACAAUGACAAUUCACCGGUGUUUGAAUUCAAUUCUUACAAUUUCAACAUCUCUGAGGGAUUUACUGGAUUAGUGGUUGGCAUGGUGAAUGAUAUCAACAACAAUGGUCCAUUGUUUGAGAAUGCCACCUACACUAUUAGCAUACCAGAAGACACUGAGUUAAGGAGUCCUAUAUUAAGAGUGACAGCUACAGAUAUGGACACAAUAACAUCAUAUUUUAUAUAUUGGAUUAGUAAUGGUAACAAUGAUGGUAUAUUUGAUAUAAAUGAAGAUGGAGAUAUCAUAGUGAUUGGUGAUAUUGAUAGAGAUCCACCAUAUAAUUAUACAUUCUUCAAUCUAACUGUGACUGUGUCUGAUGGCGAUAGCAACACCAAUAAUGAUACAACCAAUGUUCAGAUAACAAUCUCUGAUGUCAAUGAUAACAGUCCAGUGUUUGAGAAAGUGGAAUAUAUCUUCAUGGUGAAUGAAAACUCUACAGUUGGCACAAUUGUUGGCAGCGUGCAUGCAACAGACAUUGAUGAUGGGUCUAAUGGUGAAAUAUUAAGCUAUGACAUCAUAAACGGUGAUGACACAUUCAGUAUGAAUAACCAGACUGGAAAUUUAAUGCUAACUUCAGUUUUGGAUCCAAGUUUAAAUUCCAAGUUCACACUAACUGUCAGUGCGAUGGAUGGUGGUUCAAUUCCAAAAACUGGCUCGACUGUUAUAAUUGUAACCAUCACUGAUGUUAACAAUAAUAUUCCGGUCUUUCUUUCAUCAAAUUACAGUUUUACUGUAUACGAGAAUUCACGUUCAGACACGUCUGUUGGGAAAGUGUCAGCCAUGGACAGUGAUGAUGAUGUCUUGUCAUAUUUCAUUCUCGAUACUGUUCCAUUUUCAAUUGAUGAAGACACAGGUGUCAUUAAAGUUAUCAGUAGUUUAGACAGAGAGAAUGUAGAUUCUUAUAAUGUGGUUGUCAUGGUUACGGAUGGAGUUUAUUCUGCAUCAGCUAAUGCAACCAUAGCAAUCUUAGAUGAGAAUGAUAAUUCACCAAUAUUUAUGAAAUCUACAUAUUAUGGAAAUGUGACAGAAGAUGUGGAUAUUGGAAUGGAAAUAUUGCAGGUUGAAGCAAGUGACGUAGAUCUGGGAGGUAAUGCUGAUGUGGAUUACAGUAUCUUAGCAGCCAGUGGUAAUGGUGAUUCCAUCUUUGGUAUCCAUGGGAACAAUGGUAGUAUCUUCAUCUUGAAUAACACUGGUUUAGAUUUUGAGUUGAUGAAUAUUUACGUUAUUUCAGUUCAGGCAACUGAUCAUCCUGUUGAUUCUGAAUCUAGAUCAUCAGUUGCUACAGUGUAUAUCAGUAUUGAAGACAUGAAUGAUGAGAUGCCCUUAUUUGGUCAAUCAGAAUAUGUAGCAUAUAUCAAUGAAGAAGUCACCAUAGCAACAUCUGUUAUUCAAAUACAGGCAACUGACGAAGAUACCGUUGGUGUCUUGGCAUAUUCUGUUCAUGAUGAUUCAUCUACUUUCACGAUUCAUAACGAGAGUGCAAUUGUGAGUACUACGGAGUUGUUAGACAGGGAAUCACAUGAUAAAUACGUGGUAACGAUCUCUGUUACUGAUGGCAAGUUUAGUAACAAUGUCAAUUUAACUGUCUACAUAGAGGAUACAAAUGAUAAUUCACCACAGUUUGAUAUCAGUUUGUAUAUAUUUAAUAUCAGUGAAGGAAUCAAUGGAACAAAUGUUGGAACAGUACAUGCAUCAGAUAUUGAUCUUGGCAUAAAUGCUGAUAUCUCGUAUUCUUUUUUGACAUCUACUAGAUCUUGUUACUAUGCAAGAGUUUUUCAAGAUGGAUUGACUGUAGAUGAAGGCCGUGGUCCUGUGGGUAGUGUCUUCCUCACUGUUGAGGCAACUGAUGCUGAUCUCAGUCCAAAUGAUGAUGUGAUGUAUUAUAUAAGCAGUGGUAACCAUGGAAACCAUUUUGAUAUUGACAAUUCCACUGGUGGUCUUAGUGUAAUUUCAGCUAUUGAUGUUGAAACUGAGCAAUCACUGUUUAUAAUAGAAAUCACAGUCUAUAAUACAGAGCCAUAUGUUGGUAACCAAGUUAUGAAUAAUACAGUCAAUGUUACAGUCAAUAUACAGGACAUCAACAACAAUGGUCCAUUGUUUAAGAAUACAACCUACACUAUUAGCAUACCAGAAGACAUUGAGUUAAGGAGUCCUAUAUUAAGAGUGACAGCUACAGAUAUGGACACAAUAACAUCAUAUUUUAUAUAUUGGAUUAGUAAUGGUAAUAAUGAUGGUAUAUUUGAUAUAAAUGAAGAUGGAGAUAUCAUAGUGAUUGGUGAUAUUGAUAGAGAUCCACCAAAUAAUAAUGUAUUCUAUAAUCUUACGAUUUCUGUCUCGGAUAUGGAUGGUAACACAUUAAAUGACAGUGCUAUUGUAAAGAUAACAAUAGAUGAUGUGAAUGACAAUGCUCCAUUGUUUGAUCAAGUGCUCACCGUUCUUGCAAGUGAUAUCGAUAGUGGCGAUAAUGGCAUGAUCUCAAGGUAUUCACUGGAUGGAGAUGAUGUUUUCAGCAUUGAUGACAUCAGCGGAAACAUUAGUUUAGUAGAUCGCUUAGACUACGAGUCAGGAGACGUUCAAUUUACCUAUGUUGUGUCGGCCGUGGAUGGAGGUUUACCUAAUAACACUGGAACUGUCUCCUUGAUUAUAACCAUAUUGAAUGAAAAUGAUGAAACGCCAGUCUUCAACUCUGAUAGUUAUAGUUUUACAAUUCUUGAGAAUGCUGUUAUUGAUACUUUUGUGGGACGCGUCAUGGCAACCGAUGCAGAUGGCGAUACCAUCAUUUACACUGUAAAUCCAACUGAUGUUCCAUUUGUGAUUGAUUCUGAGACUGGUGACAUCAUUGUUUCUGAAUCAGGAGUUCUUGACCGUGAAACCUGGGAUAACUACCGUCUCAUAGUAACCGCAUUCGACGGUCUGCAUGACGUUAAUGCAACUGUUGAUGUUCACUUACUGGAUGAGAAUGAUAACACUCCGGAAUUUCCCCCGAAUGAGUAUUCUGGAAACAUGACUGAAGACGAAAUGACAGGUUUUACAAUUUUGCAGGUGGUUGCUUUGGAUGAAGAUGAAGGAAUGAACAGCAAUGUCACUUUCAGUAUUAUAACUGGUAACCAUGGCAAUGCUUUUGGUAUUAUGGAUGAUGGCUCAGUGUUCCUUGCCAACAGUAGUGUAAUUGAUAUUGCUAACUAUGUUCAGUAUUCCCUGACAGUCCAAGCAACAGAUGGUGGUGAGUUUCCAAGAUCAUCCAUCACCAUGGUGAUUAUAAACAUACUUGACGUAAACAACAAUCCGCCUGUCUUCCAAUCAGAUUUUUACACUGUAGAUGUUAGUGAAGAACAAAGUGCUGGAAUACAACUUAUACAGGUCAUUGCUGUCGAUGCUGAUCCAGACUCCGUCCUGCUUUACUCCAUCACUGAUGAUUCCCUUCCUUUCACCAUAAACAACGUCACUGGUGAAAUAUCCACGAGUGACACAUUAGACCGAGAAACCACCGAAUCCUGGCUUCUGAAUGUCAGCUGUAGCGAUGGCUUAUAUGAAGACUACACUAUAAUCAAUGUCACAGUCUUGGAUGUAAACGACAAUGAACCUGAAUUUCUGGAAGGCGAAUAUAAGAAAACCAUUUCUGAAAUCUUUCCCGUCGGUAACGUUAUCUUGACGGUGUCUGCUACUGAUGCAGAUGAGAUGAAUGAGAUGGUUUAUUUCUUGGAAGACAGUAAUAGCAAGUUUGCUGUCAACUAUCAAACUGGUGCUAUCACGCUUCAACAAAUCAUUACUGGAUUUGAUUUUGGAAUACAGCAUACUUUUAGUGUAAAAGCAAGGGAUUCAGGAUCGCCUCCAAAAGAAAGUUCCGUCCAAGUUACUAUACUUAUCAACUUUAACAUCACAGCUAAUGGCACCCAAGAAUAUCCGCCAUUCUUCAAUGAUACCUAUUCAGCUUCUGUACAAGAGAACAUUACUUUUGGUUCUCACGUUGUUACUGUUCAAGCGUUUGAUGUCAAUGUAGACGACCGUUCAAACUUACUCUAUUCAAUUGUCGGAGGUUCAGGUGCAAAUUUUUUUAGUAUUGACAAGUAUAGUGGUGAGAUGAAAACAUCAGCUCCUAUAGACCGAGAAAUCAAAAAUAUUUUUGAUGUGAAUGUUACAGCUACUGAUCCAACUGGAUUAACAUCAGUUGUUACCACAGUAACCAUUACAGUGGAGGAUGUGAAUGAUAAUUCACCAGAGUUUACUGGCUUACCAUAUCAAACUAGUAUCACAGAGGGUAAUAUAACAUCUGAUAUCUUCAGUGUCAUAGCUGAUGAUGAUGAUGAGGGCGCCAAUGGAGAUGUAGUUUAUGGAUUAUCAUCAUUUCCAUCUCUGUUUAGUAUUGAUAAUGUCACAGGAAUGAUCUUUGGCUUGGCUAGUCUGGACCGAGAAGCACCAGGUCUGGUGAUAAAUAAUAAUGGAGAAGCAGUUUAUGAAUUGCUGGUAACGGCAGAAGACCAGGGGAACGAUCCGCUAACAUCAGAUAUUGUGGUGACAGUAUAUGUACAAGACAUCAACGAUAAUCCUCCAGUUUUCACGGAAGACACAUACACUGCUGAUGUCCCAGAGGAUGCUUCGGCUGACCGUUCUAUAAUAACUGUGUCUGUUACUGACAAUGAUUGGAAUAACACUAUUACAUUCAGUUUACAGUCGGAUGGCAAUACUAAUGGUGCUUUUACUAUUGAUGAGAUGAGUGGUGUGGUUACACUAACUGGUGAUGGUAUCCUUGAUGUCAGAGAUAAUGAUUUCUAUAAUCUUACAGUAGAAGCAGAUGAUGGACUCAACACAAAUCAGGCUACUAUUUUAAUAACUGUACUUGAAAUCAACUUGUACAAUCCAGUUUUCAACCAGUCCUUGGGCUAUGUGUAUAGUAUUAAUGAGAAUGACUAUCCCGGUGCGUUGUCGGUGGUAACCGUCGGGAGUGUCUGGGCAACUGAUGAUGAUGGUGAUGCAAUAAUAUACAGUAUAUUUGCUGGAAAUCAAGAUGGAAUAUUUGUCAUUGAUGAAAAUGGUCAAAUUUCCACAAAUGGAACACUGAACCGAGAGGAUCAAGAUGUUUAUUCUUUGACAAUUGCUGCUAUGGAUGAUAGAACCUCACCAAGAUUGGGAUUGGUUGAAGUUAUUGUCAAUAUAUUGGAUGUGAAUGAUAAUGAUCCUGUGAUAUCCAGCAGUGACUUAACUGCUUCCAUCAGUGAAAAUGUUGAAACUGGUACCCAGUUAUUGAUGACCCCUACAGUAUUUGUUUCUGAUGCUGAUAUUGCUGGCAAUGGUGAUGUGACCCUGAGGUUAGAAGGAGCCGGUAGUUCUGAUUUCUCACUAGUGUUGAACACUGAUAACACUGUUACUAUCUCAGUAGAUGGUGACAUUGAUAGAGAAAAUAAAGAGAUGUAUGACCUUCUGCUAAUUGCAGAAGAUGGUGGUUCUCCAAGUCGGAGCACUAAUUCAACUCUAAAAGUGAAUGUGCUUGAUAUUAAUGAUAAUUCACCAGUAUUUAAUGAAACCAGGUAUACAGCCACCAUAUCAGAAAAACAACCAAGCCAAACUGCAUUGAAUAUGAACCAGCCCAUCACUGUGUAUGACAUAGAUGAUUCUCCAUAUAAUUUUAUCAUCUAUGCAGUUGAGAGUGGAAGCAACCAAGAUAAAUUUAGGAUUGACCCUCUUGAUGGGACUAUUUAUGCAGUUCAGUCAUUUGACUACGAUGCAGGAGACACCGAGUUCAACCUAACCAUAAGUGCACAGAACCCUGGGAGGUCAGAUGUAGAUGUUGCCGUGGUAACUAUUACAGUGAUUGACAUCACAGAAACAACAACUGUUGUGCCAUCAACACCCGCCCCAACAACAGACACACCUGAGGAUUAUUUCAACUUCCUUGAUGAAGAAGAUUAUGAUCAGACAAUUUCUUCAGAAAUCUCUCCAAGCAAUGAAACUAUCACUCAAGUCAUUGCUGUUAAUCCAGAUGGCGUCUCAGAAGGAAUCUUUUACAACAUUACAAAUCAGACAGUACAAGUGUAUCCGAAAGGUCCAGAAGUCCCAGCUUCCAACUUUGUUAUUGAUCCAGACACUGGAAUUAUCACUCUGGUUGAAGAUUUGAAUGGAGAUAUUGGUUUAUAUGAGUUGGAGAUAACAGCAUGGAAUGGUACAGAAUCUACUACAAUUACCGUUGAGUUGAUAGUGGUGAGCCCCAACAACACAGCACCACAUUUUAAAAGUCCAUCUUACGAGGCUGAAAUAACAGACACAGAUCCAUCAGGGACAGAUGUUGUUAAAGUCAUGGCUGAUGAUGACGAUGCACCUGUAUAUGGAAAUGGACAAAUCAGAUUUGAGGUUGAUGAAGAUAAUCCAAUCACUGAUUAUUUUCAAAUCGAUAACACUGGUAUGAUAACAGUAAAAAAAUCUUUGCUACCCAUCGUUACAUUCUCUGUUAACUUCAUGGUGUUCGUCUUUGACGGUGGUUUGCCACAACUGAACGAUAGUACUCUUGUAUCAGUGAACAUCACCCGACAGUAUGGGAAUUUACAUACUCCUGUCAUUGUUCCACCAAUCACCAGUAUCAAUUUGCCUGAGAACACGGCCGUUAAUUCCAUAAUCCAUGUUGUUUAUGCCAUUGAUGCAGACAGUGAUAUCAAUGGUGAAGUUUUCUAUGAUAUUCAGUAUGUUGGCAGUCUCAGCGGUAACGCCAUGGCAGCAUUUGAUAUUGACCCCCUAACUGGUAAUAUCACAACUAUUAGUGAAUUUGACUUUGACAAAGGUUCAAAAUAUUACCAGAUAAUGGUUUAUGCAGAAGACAAAGGCUACCCAUCUAGAAAAGGAUAUGGUGUGGUAGGAAUUACAAUAACAGAUGUCAAUGAUGAACCUCCAAUGUUUAUUCAGCCUGUCGGAACGUACCAUGUGACUGAAAAUGUUUUCAAUGCAUCUGUGGGUGUUGUUAUGGCAACUGAUAUCGACAGUGGGGAUAAUGCCUAUAUUGAGUACUCCAUCACAGGUGGAAACGAUGGAAACGAGUUCACUAUCAUCCCAGAAACAGGGGAACUGUUCACCAAUGUUGAAUUGGACCGAGAGGAAAAUGGAAUGUACACCCUGACUGUCACUGCAACCAAUUCUAAAGCAGCUCCGCAUUUCAUGGAUGCUAUCACCAUGACAAUAUCUGUAGAUGACGUGAAUGAUAAUGCUCCAGAAUUCUUUUCAUAUUCUUCUCUUGUUGUCAUACCAAUGACUACACCUGUCAAUGAUGUUAUUACUACAGUGCAAGCGAAUGAUACUGAUCUGGGUGCCAAUGCUGCUGUGUUUUACAUGUUGUCUCAGGGCAAUGAUCAUUUCACAGUGAACAGAGACUCUGGUGACAUUACUACCACAGUGUCAUUGAACAAUGGUGAAGCUUUGCAGACAUUCCAGUUGACGGUUGUAGCUUAUGAUGGUGGAUAUUCUAGACUGGAAAGUUCUAUUGAUGUCACAAUCAAAGUGUUAGAUUACAGUACAGGACAACCCACAUUUACAGGCAUAGAUGUUCAAGAAUUCAUAAUGCCAGUUGCCAUGGAAAAUGAGAAUCCUGGUAGUUACAGUGAAUUGAUCCCUGCUGCAUACGAUCCAUUGGAUGAGGAUGGUAAUGAUAUCAGAUACCACAUUGUUGCAGGAAAUGAUGAUGGAUAUUUUAUGCUGGAUCCUGUUACUAGAAUUCUAACUACGCUGAUAACACUAGACAGAGAAUCCAUAUUAGAGCAUAAACUGGUAAUUAGAGCGACGACAGUGAGAAACACAACAACUACUGGAAGAAGGAAAAGAGAUACUGAUCUUGGUGCAAAUGAGAUGUACAUUGUGGUUCCUAUCGGAGACAGUAAUGAUAAUAAACCUGUAUUCCAACAAGACACCUAUGUCAAAGGCAUCAUGGACGACAUCGGAUAUGGAAGUUCUGUUUUACAAGUUGAGGCAUUGGAUUUGGAUGCUGGUAAUUUCAGCUUGGUGUGGUAUUACCAUGACAACACAACCACCACCAGUUUGUUUGACAUACAGCGUCAUGCAGGUGUUGUCAAUACUGCUGAUGUAUUCUCUGACAAAUCUGGGGAUACAUACAGUUUUAAAGUUACUGCUCGGGACAAUCACGGUGAGGGAUUAGAGCUGGCUAACCUUACAGGCUUGAUAAUUGAUGAUAGCAAGGUUGGACCAAGAGUCGACGGCGAUCAAGUCUACCCAGAUGAAACUGAUUUAUGGUUUUAUGGUAUUGAUCCGAAUACCAAUGAAAUAGUUUCAGCAAAGGAUAUUUUAGAUCUCAUCAGUCAAUCGCCACAGCAACCAGGUGAUCUAGACAUUGAUGAUUUCGAGAAGGAUUGGAAAGUGACAGAGAUAACUGAAAUCUACAAUAAAGUCAACAAAGUACCAGUGUCCGUGUCUGGAAUUGAAGCCGCUCUGUUUGUACUGGGAAUCUUUAUACUGUUUGCAUCUAUAUUCUCCAUUAUCGCCGUCUUUGUGUGGUGGGAAAAGAGAGAAGCUGAACGUAUAUGUAAAAAAGCUUUCUGGAUGGAUAUGUAUCCUCUUCCACUUAGUGGAGCUGGUGUAGAAAACCCUGCUUAUUUACAUGUACUUGCUGAGUCACAUAUUGGAAACACAAAUGCUGUUGAUGAAACAGACCGUGCUACACUUGAUCAAGGAACUACUUAUGUGACUAGAGCUGGUAAAACAUACAAGUUGGGACCAGAUGGCGAACCUGUUGAAGUGCCAACUAGUGACAAACUUAGGGAGCCUGUUUAUGUGGAGAUUGGAACUAGUAUGAGUGAUGAUUGGAUACAGGCCAGAAUAGUGGAAGGAAGUCUCCCUAACCCACUGAAAGAAGGCAUGAGAGACGAUGGAGGUUAUGAAUCACAAGAACUAACAAUGGAUAUGUUCAUGGAUACAUCAGAUUUCAACGACGAUGUAGAAGCUGAAGAUCUACUACUUCGAUUAGAGUCAGUGGAACCUGUUAUUGUCGACAACAAAGGUUUUAUCCCAGACACAGGUUUUAGCGAAGGUGUACCCUUCACCAAAGUUUAACAUAGGUUAUAGUCCUCAGAUGAGGUCAAUAUUAAAUUUUAUAUACCUCAGAUGAGGUCAAUAUCAACUUUUAUAUACCAUUAGGUGUACAACAGCCACCGGACCAAUAUCCUUUUGCAAUAUGGGGUGUUGUUGGUGCUGUAGUUUAAUUUUAUAUGCUAUUUUUUUUCAUUUGCGAGGUCAAUAUUUACAUGAUUGUAACUAAGUAUUUUUAUUCUGUUCUCAAGAAACAGUUGAGGACAAAAU